UGCUGCUGCUGCUCUCGCCCAGUGCAUUGUGGUCUGUGUGCUAAAGGAAGCUGCUGCACCGGAAUCUGAAGAAUUUGAGGUGUCCGCCAAGUCUGCUGUUCAUCGUCGGCUAGUUUCUCUGUCCUUCUGUCUGCACUAUACUCUUCUGUAAGGUUUAGCAAGGAGAAAAAAUGUCUCAAGCUGACAAAAUGAAGCAGGGGCAGUUCACCAACCCUGAGACCCCAGGGUAUGUUGGAUUUGCAAACCUGCCUAAUCAGGUUCAUCGCAAGUCAGUAAAAAAAGGAUUUGAGUUUACAUUGAUGGUGGUAGGUGAAUCUGGGCUCGGAAAAUCUACCCUGAUCAACAGCCUGUUCCUCACUGACCUUUACCCUGAGAGAGUCAUCCCCGGAGCAGCAGAAAAGAUCGAAAGGACGGUUCAGAUUGAGGCGUCGACAGUAGAAAUUGAGGAGCGAGGAGUGAAGCUCCGUCUCACUGUGGUAGACACACCAGGAUACGGAGACGCCAUCAACAGCCAAGACUGUUUCAGCACCAUCAUCAGUUACAUUGAUGACCAGUUUGAGCGAUACCUCCAUGACGAGAGCGGUUUAAAUCGUCGGCACAUUGUUGACAAUAGAGUUCACUGCUGCUUCUACUUCAUCUCCCCGCUUGGUCAUGGCAUGAAACCCCUGGAUGUUCAGUUUAUGAAGGCCAUUCACAAUAAGGUCAACGUGGUUCCUGUCAUCGCCAAGGCAGAUACACUCACCCUCCGAGAGAGGGAGAGGCUCAAGCGCAGGAUUCUGGAUGAGAUCGAUGAACAUGGGAUCAAGAUUUACCACCUUCCUGAUGCCGAGUCGGAUGAGGAUGAGGACUUCAAAGAGCAGACCAGGAUCCUGAAGGCUAGCAUUCCAUUUGCGGUGGUAGGAUCCAACCAGCAGAUUGAGGCCAAAGGGAAGAAGGUGAGGGGCCGCCUGUACCCCUGGGGAGUGGUGGAGGUGGAGAACCCUGAACACAACGAUUUCCUCAAGCUGCGGAUCAUGCUGAUAACCCACAUGCAGGAUCUACAGGAAGUGACCCAGGACCUUCACUACGAGAACUUCCGCUCGGAUCGCCUCAAACGGGGUGGCAGGUUGUCCUCCCAUGGUUACAUUCUGCCUCUGUCUCCUGCAAAAGGACCAGAGCCGGAGGAAAUGGACAAGGAUAUGAUCCUGCAGGAGAAGGAGGCUGAGUUGAGACGAAUGCAAGAGAUGAUUGCCAAGAUGCAGGCCCAGAUGCAGAAGCAGGGAGACGGAGAGGGAGAAGGCACCCAUGCGUGAAAAGCAUAUGGUGUUUCAGCCACUGCUCGAGUUUGACUAGAGAGACACGGAUGGUAGCAGAGAAGGUGUAAAGGUGUCUGGUUAUUGACUUGUAUUGCUUGCCACUAUUUUUAUUCCAAUCCUACAUUGGAUCUGGAGUCUUUUUUUUUAUUUUUUUUAUACAUAAAGUAUAUCCAAACAGUGUUAUGUUUAUAUAUUUACACUUGGUUCUAUUUUUUGUUUCAUUUUAUUGAACUUUUGCCAGUUACUCAAAUGAAGUCACGUGACCCAUCUUUUAAAAUGGUGGCAUAUAUCUUUAAUACACACCAGGGAUGUGCUGUUACUCAGUUUUUGUUUCCUUAUUUCUUUUUUUGCAAUUUAGAAAACCAAAGUUUUGCUGCUUGUGUUCAGUGCUUUUAGUCCUAAAACAUCUCUCAAGGCACAUGCUAACCUUCAUUGGGAGAGUCAACUAUGGCGACUGCUAGUAGAAAAAAAAUUGCUUAGGUUAUCAAUUCUUUCUGUCAUGAGAAAACAUGAUUUCAUCUUGGUUAAGAAGUGACCACACAAGCCUCCCAUUAAAUAGGGAUCACCCUGCUCAAUGUUAAUCACAUUACCCUCCUCGUCUGCAUGUAACUCAACUCUCUCUGGUAAAAUUUCAGGUGAAUUUUCCCUCUAGUGCUGUGUUGGGAUCAGCGUCUCCCUUUCCUGUUUAAAUCUUAUACAUUAGUGCAGUUCUCAGAUCAGUGUCUUUAAGAAUGACGAUAUUCAAGUGUUGUUAAGCUCCUUUUGAGUUUGAUAUGAAUUAAAUAAACUGUGACCCUCGACCUCUUACAGUCUUCCUGUUGACGUGACAAAUGAAGGACUGACAAAAUGAGGUGCGACGCCUCUGUUUGGUGCUUCUCAACUAUGUGUCCUCUACACUGUAAAUUGAAGUCAUGUGCCAGGGAGCAUUAACCGUUUUGUGUUUCACUGAUGCAGUGAGAUUUAAGAGGUAUAAACUUUUACUUGUCCCAACUGCUGAGUACUUUGUGGUUUCCAUGACCACAGAGAUUUAAGCUGACCCCAUGAGGUCAGUGUAGCCAACGUUUCCCUCACCAGCCAAGAUGCGAGUUCUUGACAUUCCUCUUUGUGCUGUUUUUAUCCAAUAUUAAAGUACCAAAUAUUGUUUUUGAUGCAUAUAUUGUAAUAAAAGUUUUAUUAAACUUUA